AUGGCAAGAAAAAGGGAAGAAAGGUUGCAAUCAAAUUCAGAACAAGGAAAUGAUCAGGGCAAAAGGCAGGAAAGAUCAGUCAAUGGUGUAUUGUUGGAACCAGGUGUAACGUACAUUGGCACAGCAUUCAAGACAUUUUAUGGAAGUCGUAAGAGGAAAAACACAGUACAGAAAAAAGAGAAUGAUGAGAACCACAAAAUGAAAAAUGAAGAAAAACAUGUUGGUGUCCAAUCCUAUGCAGAAACUCUAUUGAGCAUUUAUGCUUGCAGUGUGAAAUCUCCGCUUUCCAUGAAAUUUUGUAAUGAUGCCAGUAAGGAAUUUGAGAAAAUGCAAAAUCGAUCCUAUGCUAAUGUAACUACUAAGUUGUCUCCAUUGUCGAAACCAGAUUCUGCUAAGCACUCCAACCGAAGAACGUGUAAUAUUCUGGGAAAGAUGAAGGAUUUGAGACGGUACAGAGUUCAUGCAGGAGGCAAACAAAGGAACAAGAAAGGUCAGCCGACGUACCAUGAUAGAAGGGAAGAGAGGAUAACAUUAGGACGUUAUCUGCUGAACCGAUUGAUGCAUGUUGACAACAGAUGUCAAAAGGGAGGAGAAUGUUUAUCUGAUAUCUUAGAAAAGCAAGAAGGAAAGAAUAAAGGGUACCAACAAGAACCCAAACACCAACAAUGUGAUAACUCCUCUUGGGGAUUACUGCCUGACUUGCGGUUAUUAGACCGCUUUUCAUCUAAUGAUUUGGGACCAUGUAGGAGUGUGCAUAGUGUACAAAGCCAUUCAUUUAUGCAGUUUCACUCCAUUGGUUUGUAUUGAUGAAAUUUAUAUCCAAUCCCAAUCGGUGCCAUACAAGCCUGGUGUCUGUAAAUGCUCCUGUGAGUAAUGUGCUGACCAGGUUUAUCCCUGAAAUUGUUAGUGAACGGAGCAGCUGGAGGAUCCCAGCCCUUGGUGAUAAAUGCUGGGUAUUGUGGUGAAUAAUAAUGUUUAAUAUCAUCAAAACACUUGUCUACAAACAGGAAAAACAAUUUAGAAAUUUGUUUUAUUGACAAGAUUUGAUGAUGAUAACUUAUGAAAUUUAGAUAAUUGAAAAUGUGUCACAGAUAUGUAAUCCCCUCUCACCCAUAUUUAGUGUUUGUCGUCCAGUUAAUCAUUUGUCGUCCAGUUUAUCAUUACUCUAAACAAAAGACUUUAAUGAAGAACACACGGGUCGUGUGGUCCAUACGGGUCGUGUGGUCCAGUGGUUAGAGCAUUGGACUCAUAAUCGCAAGGUUGUGAGUUCGAAUCCCAACUCUGCCUUGUCUCCACUUUGAUAAAAAAGGCCCAAGAGUGAUAUCUGUCGUCUAUUACGUCAGCCACUCUGACUGAUUAACCUAGACGUAAAAUGUUUCCAAGGUAAUUGGUUAUAUACCAGCUUGGCGUUUACCAGCAAAAAAUGCUGUCCUGCCGAGUUCCUACGGGAGUUACCACAAACAGAAACAGAAACAGAAACCUUCAAGACAAGGAUUGACUAACUCCUCACUACUUGCGCACUUAUUUCAAAGAAAAACGUUUAUCAACCAUAAUCUGUCAGUCUCAUUGGCUACCAGACAAAUCGCCUGCCCACAAAUGCUACAGGUCCUUGAAAUUGUCAAAGAAAAGACCACUUAGAGGACAUUGGCUCGUCUAGAAUGUAACUGGACUCUGUGAUGGGUCACUUUCUAUAAAUUUGUUUAUUAUCAUCUGAACAAUUUCAGCUUUCUUAUCAUUGCAGAAUUUUUGUUUAUUUUGAUUUUCAACAGUUUUUUUAAAUUAUAGUUCACAAUCUGCUUCAUAUGUAAACCCCAACUGAGAUGUGCAAUACAAAAAGAAAUCAAAAGUAAAUCAAUGAUUCAAGACUUAUAAAAGCCAUGUCCACCCCAAGAACAAAUGGAUUUGGACGAAAAGGGAAAAAUCAAACGAACAUGCUUUAUGCUGAAAAUUUCAUCAAAAUUGAAUGUUAUGUCAGUUCAAAGUUUUUCUGUAUUCAGCAAAACAGUUAUAUACACAUCAUGCUUUGUAUGCAAUUUAGAAAGUGAUGACAUCAAGUCACUAUUUCUUUUGUAUUUUUAUUAAAUAAAAUAUGAAAUAUUUCAUUUUUUUCCUCCUUAGGAAACAAACCAAGUUUGAUUCUAUUCUCACAUUCUUCAUAAACCAUUGAUAAAACCUGUUGUGAAGAAAUUAAGUGUAUCUGUGUUAUCAUAUUUUCAAAAACAUGAAAUUUGGUAUGAUUUAUGUAAUAAAAUGCAAAAGAAGUAGUGAGUAUGUGACAUCAUCAACUCAUUGAUUUGGACAUGACCACGAUUUGGUUAUAACUGUUUUGUAUAAGAUAACCAAUAUUUUAAAAUUACAUUACUUUCUUAUUUUCCAUGCAAUUUGUAUUAAGUGUGUGACAUAAUGUUUCCUAGAUUGUCCUCUUUUGGUUCAAAUCAAUUUUUGUUGGGGGUGGACUACUCCUUUAAGGAAAGUGUCUUAAAUUGGUUACUUAUGUUAUAUUUUUGUAUUGUUUUAUAUUAUCCAUUUACUACUGUUUUAUUUGUCACUGCACUUGAGUGUUUCGUGAUUACCAAUGUAUUCAGAUAAUUGGAAAUUCAGUUUUGCUGUUGUGAUUCUUUUGUGAAAUGGUGAUUGAAUGUAAAAAAGAAAAUUUGCAUCCAUUUUAGAUUUCAGUUCAUAUGUCUGCCUUUUGGAGAAACAGUUACCUGACUAGAUUUCAAAGUGUGAAGAUUGAAGGUCUAUAGUGUUUUUUUGUUCAUGGAAAUAGAAAGUAAGAAAUAUUUUUCUGGUCGGGCAGUGGCGGAGGCAUACAUUUUGACCGUGCACAGUCGAGAUUUAUCUAGUUUUCAAUGAGAAUUGUGGCAACAUCAUUUUAAUCACCAAAAAACAUAGAUUGUUUUGACUGAGUAAAAGUAGAAAUAAUGACACAUUUAUGAAUUUUGGGAGAAAAGUUUAUUUGAUUUGUUUUGAUCAUUACAGCAUUUUAAAGCCUGACAGUCAUUUACAUAAUAUUGCAUAACUUGAGAACCACAUAUAUGAAUUUGAUAUGGAACAAUGUGCAAAGCUUGUAUGUAAAUUGUGUUGAACCACUGUGUUGAUGAGUUCUCAACAUUGUCAGUUUUCACAGUUGAUUUAACACCACAAAAAAUUAAGCCAGUUAUAUUUAAAGAGAUCUUCAUUACCAAUUGACCUGCGUGAAUGGUAAAACAUCCCACUAUUCAUAAAGGAAAGUUAUUAUUUUAGUUUCUCUUUAUACAUCAGUAACUGACAUUGUCUAAAGCAAGCUAAAGAAUUUUUAUUCCUCUGCUCAUCAAAAGUGGUUGCCGGUGGCAUUAUGUUUUGGAUUAUCCGUCUGUUCGUCCAUCCGUUCAUCUGUCUGUUCAUUCCAUUUUUGUUCUCGCAGUAACUCAAAAACCAUUUCACAGAUCAACUUCAACUUGGACCAUAUAUGCAUUAGGUGCUCAAAAUGAUUUCACACAUGCGUAUGCAUGUAUGUAUCGUUAGAAAAAAAUUAAUAUUCAUAUUCUGUUGGUACAUGAUCUCAUCAUUUAGGGUUAACAGAUCAAGGUCAAGGUCAGAAAGUUCAAGCAAGUACAUAAUAAAUACUCUGUUCUUGCUACAACUCAAAAACAGUUUCAUGGAUUCACUUGAAACUUGAAUCCUGUAUGGAAUGGCGGUGAAGAAGAUCUCAUCAGUUUAAAGGUCAUGAGGUCAGAGGUCAAGUUCACAAAAUUAAAAAAAAAUAGAUAAAAAUACUCAUUUUUACUUUUACAAUUUUGUAGAUCAUCUUGUAACUUUGAUUGUGUAUGCAUCUGUAAUGAAUUUUUGCUUUUCGCUUAAUGGACUUUUUGCAAAAAAUAUCAAACAACAAAAAUGGUCUACUCCACCAGGCCCCCCCCCCCCCCUCUUCCCAGUGAAUUGUUAAACUAAGCAUCACUUUUCUGUUUAGAUGCAGUAUUUUGCAAUAAUACAUUAUAUGAAUGAAACUUUAUGUAUGUAGUCUGUGUAUGUAUUUAGGAUCCCUAUGAUAUUGGAAUAACAAUGUAAGCCCAAGCCUUCAGGGCUUUGGGUAACAGUUAAAAUGCUGUGAACCUUUUAAUUUGAUUAUUAUGAAUUAUUUGUUGAUCAUUGUUAUUGUAUUUAUAUUUUCUUUUUUAUGUUCAGAAAUCUGUCAUUAUCUUUUAUGGCUUUUGAUUGUACAAAUAAAGAUAGAAAAUAAAAAUACUAAAGAGUA